UAGCGCUGUAAUUUCCUGUUCUGCUCAAAGGAAAAGAUAGUCAGGCCAUGGUAAUAUUUUACUAGAUUUUGUGGGUAUUUCUUAAGAGGGCCCUUUAACCAGGCCACUGCCCCAGUGACCUAGUCCAACAGUGCAAAGUGCAACCCUUGCUUCAUCCCUUCUUCAAAACACCACUGCAACGAGUGCAAUCUCCACGGAUAAUCUACCAUUAGCUAAACACAGAUGUCUGAAAACCAGUAACAAUAAUAAGCCUUUCUCCCACAUUGGAAAAGAACCUAAGAGAGAAGCAAAAUCCAGCCAUGUUGGAACUCUCACUCCCAAAGGGGUGUGUUUUACAGCUCUCCAGCCUGCACAGGAUUUGAGCUGUGACCACAGAAGGAAAGAGACGACUGGAUGUGUUCACGGUGACCUGUGUAGAGGUAGCCAUGACGAGGACUUCUACAUGUGCAUACCACUUCAUUCUUUGGAACUGGUACAUUUUCCUCAAUGUUUACAUCCCACAACUUGGAACUAUCUUUCAAGACGGUGCACAGACUAAAUACUUGACACUCUUCAAUCUGCUCUUGCAGGCUGUUUUCUUCGGGGUCGCAUGCCUGGAUGAUGUACUGAAAAGAAUCAAAGGGAGGAAAGACAUUAAGUUCAUCACUGCCUUCAGAGACCUGCUUUUCACCACCCUGGCUUUUCCUAUCUGCACUUUUGUAUUUUUGGCAUUCUGGACCAUAUUUCUCUAUGACCGAGAGCUUGUUUACCCCAAGUUCCUAGAUGGCAUGUUUCCAGUGUGGCUGAAUCACGCAAUGCACUCUUUCAUACUAUUAUUCUCACUGAUUGAAAUCAUCCUCAGACCUCAUCACUAUCCUUCGAGGAAGACAGGACUCACCCUGUUGGCUGUGAGCAGCGUUGGUUACAUCAGCAGGAUCCUAUGGCUGCACUCUAAGACGGGUCAGUGGGUGUAUCCCAUGCUGGCAAGACUCAGCCCUGUGGGCCUCACAGCCUUUUUCUUUCUCAGCUACAUCUCCGCUGCCAGCAUCUACCUGCUUGGAGAAAGGCUCAACCACUGGAAAUGGGGAGAUGCGCGGGAACUGCAUCCUAAUUUGUGCAGAAGAAAGGCAGAGUCACCUACGUUCCCCCACACCACUUGCUCACCUGCUUUUCUGUUCUAUUAAAAUGGAAAUGGUGCCUUCUGCCUGUUAGGUGACAGGAUGCUACCAAGGAUGAAAAUGGAAUAAUGGUGUGCUAGUUUCCAGCGACCAGGAAGGAAGAAAAUGCAAGAGUUUUUUCUUAUCUUUUAUUAUUAUUUCUUUUGGAAGGAGGUGGUGGAAUGACAUGAGAUAGUAGAAAGGCCCAAGGGUGAUAUUUAAAUUUAAUUAGAGGAUUAUAAAAGUAGCUUUAUUUGAAGAUUCUUAUUUUGUGAAAUGUUGAUGGUACACACCAAAAACAAUGCCUGAUGUCUCAGCAUUUUUUACCUGGGUCUGACUUCCCCAGAGGUGGUUUCUGGUCAAAAUCUAGCCAAAUACUGAGGAAAUUUACAUAAACUUGGUGUCUAGGAGAAUAUUUACAGAGAGAGAGAAACUCAGGAUUCUUCUGAGCAGGGUUGGUGAGGACCUAGAAAAGAAGUUAACUGCAUCAAAGUCAUGUCAAGAUCAAGACAAUAAUUUCAAUCUCUUAGGUCUCCUAACUCUGGGCCAUUUUUAAAAAUAACCUAACUUUCCUAAAAAUAACUAUUUAGUAAGCUAGUUACUUAGAUGUAUUUCUGAUCUAUUUUUUUCUUGAUUUAGAAAGAGAUGGACACUACUAUUUACCUGGAACAACAGCAAAUUAAUUGAGGCAAUAUUAAUUGAGAAGAUAUGUUAAAAAAUACUGGGAAAUCUGUCCUUUUUGAUAAUAAGCAUUUGGAUCAGAUAUGAACAGUGAACAUAAUGACAUUGUUAAAAUCUCUUCCUUUCAAAUAUUAAUUCCUGAAAUAAAAUUCGUACAUUAUA